AAUUAUAAAAGCCAGGAGUGGUACUAAUGCAGGAAAUAAUCAUUAUAAAUAAAAAGAGAAAUAAUUUCCAUCAUUAUAAGGACAACAAGCAACGCUACGGUGGUCGUGCGAGGUCAAACUCUCGCUCUCCGCGCUGGUUCCGAGGGGCUGCUGCAGUAGUAAUGGAGGGGGUCACGGUCGGCCAGGUAUUCGAUGCGGAAUGCAUCCUCAGCAAACGGCCGAGGAAGGGGAAGUUCGAGUACCUGGUGAAGUGGCGAGGCUGGUCGUCCAAACACAACAGUUGGGAACCAGAGGAAAAUAUUCUGGACCCGAGACUGCUGGCAGCGUUUCACAAGAGAGAACAAGAGCGGGAGCUGCUUUUCCAGAAGAAAGGAAAGCGGCCGAGAGGACGUCCGCGGAAGAUUCUGCCGCCAGCACCGGCCGCUGCUAACAGCCGCUCUUCCUCCUCCUCUUCCUCGGUGCUGUCCUCGUCGGCGUCCUCCUCUUCCUCAGAGGAUGAAGAGCACACGAAGAAGGCGAAGCCCGGCCCCCGCGUGCACCCCGUCCCUCAGAAGAGGCCCCAGAUCGUUCUGGCCAAACCAGAUCCUCCCCACAAGAAGAAGCGUGGGAGGAAGCCGCUCCACCCGGACCUGAGGGCGUUAAGACAAGCGAAGAGCCGACCGCCGCCUCCGUCGCCUCCUCCUCCACGACACCACCAGGUGCUCAGACCGCCGAGGGAGGAGCCUCGACCCGGCGUGAAGAAGCCUCUGCAGCCGGCCAGUUUCACCUACACCGGACUGAGCAGGACCUCCAGAGACGAGUCCCAGACCGCCGCCAGCUCCUUCUCCCAGACCGCCGCCUCCAAAUCCGGAUCCCUCAGCUGCAUCUGGACCAGCCGCUCCAUGUCCCCGUCCGCCUCCUACAGCAGAACCAGUCCGUCCCCGCAUAGCAAGAACUCUCUGUCCGAGCUGAAGACGGGCGGCAGCAGAGGAGAUGUCUUCAAGGCGUCUCCUCUGAAACAAGGCGGAGGUUCGGGGUCGGCGGGUCUCCACGGCGGCUUCGGCGGAGGGCAGGCGGUCCAGCGUUCGCCGCUGGGCCAGAGGAGGCAGGAGGGCGCCGGAGGUCCGACCGGGUCAGUUCAGCACAAGCAGCAGAACUCCGGCCUCUCCAAACCAUCGUCCUCGCCGACGCCUCGAGACCGAGCCAACCAGGCGCUCAGCCUCCGAGCCCUCAACCUGCAGAGCGUCAGCAAGCCGCCGGCGGGCAGCGGCCAUCAGAGCAACAACGCCGGCGCUGCGGCGUCCAGGUCGAGCUUACGGAGCGGCAGCAUCGUAAAAGAGACUCGAACGAUGGCUGGCGGGCAGCGGUCUGCGCUGGCGACAGGCGGCGGUUCAGAGCAGGCGAGGUUGGCGGACAAAAAGCUAACAGGAAGCGGCUCCGGCCGGGGGAAUGGCGGCGGGAGGCACGAGGAGAGGAAACACGGGCUCGGCUCUCAGAACCGGAGUCUGAACGAGCUCAGCACCGGCGACUCCGACGAGACCAGCAGCAGCGAGUCGGAGCACGACGCCUUCCUGUACCCCAACGACAGCCGGCCCAGCCACGCCAACCACGCCACCGAGUCCGACACGGAAACGGACUGGCGGCCGGCCCGGAGCCUCCUGGAACACGUGUUCGUCACCGACGUCACGGCCAACUUCAUCACGGUGACGGUGAAGGAGUCGCCGACCAGCGUGGGAUUCUUCAACUCGCGGAAUCACUGAAGGACUCUUCAUACGACGGCUCUCAGGGUUCCUACGCCGCUCGCCGGUUGUCCACGCUCAACACGCCGGGAAACCGUUUCUGUGGUUUCAGUCGGAGACACUGAAAACUAAAUUCUGUUGUUGGAACAAAGAAGGAACCCUGAAGUUUGGACCCCGUUUACAGCCGAUAUAUCGGAGCGCAGUCUGUGUCUGGAGGAGGAAACGGUUCCCAUCAGUUCCCUGAAAUUGUUCCCUUUUCUCUUUGUUACCUAAAGCUGCGUCCAGCUUCCCCUCGUUAACAUAAUCAAUAAUCAACAGAUCAGAAACGUCUAAUCAGCUUUAAUUUGGAGCUUUUUCUGAAGCAUUUAGGACUAAAACUGAAAACUCAGUGGUUACGAUUAAUUAAGGCUCCGUUCCAUUUAGUGUAUCAGAGCCUGUCCAGUGAGCCAACAGAUCAAUAAUCGGUUCCAGACGUUCCCUGAACGUCUCACAGAUCAAUAAUUGGUUCCCUGAACGUCUCACAGUGACAUUUUAUUCUCACAUCUUUAAUGAAUUAUACAAAACAAAUCAACUGUUUUUACAAUUUUCACUUUCUGUCUCAAUAAGUGUCACCUGUGUUUACCCGACUAUUUAACCUAAAAAUAGCUGCUGUGAAAAAGGUCCACAAACUCCCACUGAGAAUAGUUUGUUUGGUUGGACAUUGUUUGUUUUUCCCCUCCUGAAGAAUCAAUAGAUCAAUCAUUGAUCGGUCAGUUCACAGACUGCGUUCCUCUCCGGUGCCUCGGGUUCUUCCAGAGACGAUCGCCGCCUCCGUUCAGCUGCUCGUGGUAGUUUGAGUCGUCGUGUAUCCAAACUGAACGUGUUGCUUUCUCCGGAGCAGCAGGUUUUUAAAAAAACAACAAAAAAAGAAGUGAAGUCCGUCUGUCGGUGAAUCUCAUCAAACUCCGUCUUUCAGUUCUCUUUGGACCAAAGUGUUUAUGAAUGUGAAUUACCUGGUUUUAUUUUAUUGACAGUAUUCUUGCACUACGCACAUUGUAAGCUUCCCAUCUCAGAACUUUCCAUCACCUAUAUUUACCAGUUUUAUACCAUUUUAAUACAUUUUGCCGUCUCAGUGUCUUUUGGAGUUUAAAUAUGUGUUAAUUUAUAUUUGUAAAUAUGUUUUUUUUCCAUGUGAUAUCUAAUAAUAUCUAUCUGGUGCUCAUAUCGGCUCCAGACACGUGUAGCCUGUGUGCCUCUCUGCCAUUCUCAAGGUAUUUGAAAUAAACCAGAAGUACCGA